AUGUCAUCAAGAGAUAAACAAGAUAGUAGAAAGAAAGAAUUUAAAAAAUCACUCGAUAGUGAAACAGCAAGAAGAAAGAGAGAAGAAAACUCAAUUGGUAUUAGAAAAAAUGCUAGAGAAGAGUUAAUGUUAAAGAGACGUGGUAUCGUUCAACCAAAUCCUUCAACUUCUUAUCAAAUUAUCGUUCCACCAGAAGUUCAAGAACAAUUCCAAAAAUAUGAAAAUGAAACUAUGGAAAAUAAGAUUAAAAAUUUACCAGGAUUAGUUACAGCAUUAAAUUCAAACGAUCAAGCAUAUGUUUAUUCAUCAUUAGUACAAUUUAGAAAGUUAUUAUCAAUUCAUGCUUAUCCACCAAUUGAUCAAGUUAUUGAAUGUGGUAUUAUACCAAAAUUGAAUCAACUCUUACAAUGUAAUAAUCCAAAGGUACAAUUUGAAUCAGCAUGGGCAUUGACCAAUAUUGCAUCUGGUAAUAAUAGACAAACUCAAACUGUGAUGGAAAGUGGUUCCGUACCAAUCUUUAUUCAGUUAUUAUGUGCAGAAACUACCGAUGAAGUUAAGGAACAAUGUGCUUGGGCAUUGGGUAAUAUUGCAGGUGAUACAGUUGAUUCAAGAAACUAUCUCUUGAAAUAUGGUGCAAUGAAUGCUUUAAUUCCAUUGCUACACUAUGGUGAAGAUAAUGGUGCCACCACCACCUCAGCCAAUUCCGAGCGUAAAAUUGGUCUAAUUCAAAAUGUUGUCUGGACAAUUUCAAAUUUGUGUCGUGGUAAACCACAACCAGAUUUCUCUGUGGUUAGUCAAUGUUUACCAGCAAUCAACGAGUUGAUCAGAAUUGAAAAUCUUCCAAGUGAAAUCUAUGGUGAUUUAUGUUGGGCAUUAUCUUACCUCUGUGAUGGUCCAAAUACAAAGAUUCAAGCCGUCAUCGAUAGUGGUGUCGUACCAAGAUUGGUCAAACUAUUGGAAUAUCCAGAUAGUAUCGUUUUCACACCAGCAUUACGUGCCGUUGGUAAUAUUGUCACUGGUGAAUCUAGCCAAACUCAAAUAGUCAUCGAUAAUAAUGGUGUUGAAUUGAUCACUCGUCUCUUGGCCGUUCAAAAGAAAUCCAUUCGUAAAGAAUCAUGUUGGGCAUUAUCAAAUAUCACCGCUGGUGAACCAUCACAAAUCGAUGUUGUCGUAUCAAAUCCAAAGACAGUGACAACCUUGAUCAGUCUUCUCUCCCACAGUGAACAUGACAUUAAACGUGAAGCAUGUUGGGCUUUAUCAAACUCUACCAAUAAUUCAUCAACUAAAUCAAUUCAAACCUUGGUUCGUCACAAUAUCUUGAAACAUUUUAUCGAUUUAUUAAACUCUCAAGAUUUAGUUAUCCUUAAAAUCGUCUUGGAAGGUUUAAUCAAUAUCAUUAAAGAAGGUGAAAAAACUAAAACUAAAACUGGUGUUAAUCCAUACGUUAACUUGAUCUCUGAAAUGCAAGGUGAAUCCAUCAUUUAUGAUCUUCAAGAGCAUCAAUCAAAAGAUGUUUACAAGAAAGCUUUCGAACUUAUUGAAUUCUUUGAAAGUUCAGAUUAUUCUGAUUCUGAAAAUUCUGAACCAAAUAUAAAUCAAAAUGGUCAAUAUGAAUUUAGUUCAAAUUAUAAUAGUAAUUCAAUUAAUAUUUAA